AUGUUGCCUUUUCAACUAAGAAAGGCUGUAGAAGCAGCCAAUCAGACAGCGCAGCAGCAAAUGCAGCAAGAAGCAGAUGGCAAGCUUUCCUCAGAGGAACACAGCCGUCUUGCUGAGCUGCAGCGGCAAAGAGCUCAUCUGGAGAUGAGACAGCUGCAAGCGCAAGCAGGUCUACUAACAAAGACACAAGCGCAAGUUGCUGCUGCAGGCUUAGAGUGGCUUUAUGAAGACCCUAAGAACAGCCAAGAGGCUAAGGAAAGAGAGAGGGAAUCCAAUCCGUUACUGCAACUGCAGCAACAGCGAGAGCAGCAAGCAGCAGCAGCAGCUGCUGCUGCUGCUGCAGCAGAGGCGAAGAAGGUAAAGAAAUCCCUUAAGAAGCAAAAGAAGAAAAAGAAGAAAAAGAGUAAACAUAAAAAAGAGAAGAAGGAAAAACACAAGCAUCGCAAAGGCCGCAGCAGCAGGAGCAGCAGCAGCAGCAGUAGCAGCAGCAGCAGCAGCAGUGAGAGUGAAGAGGAGAGCAGCAGCAGCAGCAGCAGCAGCAGAAGAGAGAGAGAAGCACCGAUAAAGAGGGAGCGCUCUCGCAGCAGAGAGUCGAUGAUGCGCAAAACCAACGGCAGCAGCAGCAGGCAUAGCAGCAGCAGCAGCAGCAGGCACAGCAGUAGCAGCAGCAGCAGCAGCAGCAGCAGCAGCAAGAGUAAGGUUGUAUCUACGCAUGAAAUGAUAAAAGUAAAGAUGGAGGAAGCAGAUGAUUACCCAACAAACCCUCAACCAACCAGCAGCAGCAGCAGCAGCAGCAACAGCAGCAGCAGCACCACCACCACCACCACGACGAACACCACCAGCAACAACAACAGCAACGACAGCAGCAGCAGCAGCACCAGCAGCAGCAGCAGCAGCAGCAGCAGCAAGCGUGUAUAUGGACCGUCAUUAGGGGAGGCAGCAGCAGAUCCAUUUCGUGUUGGAGAAGAUUUACUUCCUCCAGCAGCAAUCAGAAAAAAAGCAGAAAAAAUACAACGCAUGCAGCAGCUAAAACAGGCAGCAGCAGCAACUAUUAUUACUACCAGCAGCAGCAGCAGCAGCAGCAGCAGCAGUAGUGGUGGGGUAGAGGGAGAAACAAAUUCAAAAAUACUCACAGAAGAAGAAAAAAUACAAGCUAUGAGGGAGGAAGGGUUAAGGAGAGAGGCAGAGAAGCAAAGACGAUCGGAAUUAAUUCGUCUAAGAGAUGAAUUAGAAGAAAGAAUUCUACAACAAAAAAGAAACCUAACAGGAAUAUCCAUAAAUGAAUGA